UUUCCAUUUAAUUGCAUUGUUUAGAAUUUACUGCUCAACCAAAUAACUGGAUAAAUCAGGAUGGACAGAGAGGACCGUAGACGUUACUUUGUGGUGGGAUCUGUCAUCAUAGAAGUUGUCACACCAAUACUACAACAACGUAUAAAGGAUGACCAAACAUUCCGUGCCUUUGGCACUUUACAGAAUUACCUCAAUAACCCACAGAUCAAACAUAUCCUAUUCCAUCUAAGACAUAACAAUGUUUGGUGUUGUAACGAUAAAAAUAACUGUGUACAUAUUGGAUCCCUUCCACUGAACUACAGACAGUGGGGCGUCCUGUACAGUAAGACAACAGGUCUAUGUCGCCACAACUGUCAUUGUAAAUACACAGCUAAUCCUGUUCAGCUUAAUGACCCUGACAUCAGCUUGUCCUGCAUAAUCUUACUUAACUGUUGUAACCUGACAUCAAAUGAAUAUAACACUAUUCAGAACUUACGACAGAUGAAAAAUAAUUUUCUGAGUCACAACACUGAAGGUGCAAUAACAGCUGAUGACUACAAAUCAGUGUGGCCAGACCUGACAGCUUAUGUUUUACAGCUUGAUCAAAACAAGGAAGACCACUUAAUAAGGAUAGAGAACAGACCUCUAGAUGAAGCACUCUGUCAUAAAUAUAAUGCUAUACUACUAGAUAUUCACCAAAAACUUGACGAGAUUGGUGCAUCAAUUCAAAGAGUUGAUGAAACCAUUCAAAGAAUUGACACCACCACCAAUGCAAUAGGAAGAACAGUUCAGAGAAAUGAAACUGCUGUAAAUAGAAUAGACCAGACUGUCACAGGAACUAAUACAGCAGUAAUGGGAUUACAAGCUACCGUGGAGGAAUUGUUAUACUAUGCAAAAAGAGGAAUAACAUGUCAAUGUGCUAUAGACAAGUGUCAAUCACAAGUAAAACAAGUCAAAGAGAGCAUAAAACCCUACAAACUAGGUCAGUCUAUCUUCACACUACAUCAUCAGACAGACCUGACAUCAGUAUUUGGUGGUGACUGGAGUAGUGAUAUAACAGAUAUAGUGAUGAUGGAUGAUGGUAGACUGGUGAUGUGUUUACCUUGGCAGAGUAGACUACUGAUCUGUAAUACAGAUGGAUCACAGGCAUACAGUAUACCUGUACAGGGUUACCCAUGGUGUGUUACAGCAGUCAACAACUCUACAGUAGCUGUUAUACUGUAUGAUAGUCAGUGUAUAGAGAUGUAUGACAUAAACAAUAAACUCAAACUUAAAUCAAUAUCACCAUCUGGAAUAAGUUGUUAUAGGAGUCGCAUUACAAGUAUAAACAACAAGUUAGUUGUAGGUGGUGACAACAGACUACAGAUCAUAGAUCAUCAGACAGGAGAGGUGGUACAGAUAAUACAGACCGACUGUAGUCCGGACAAGUUACAUGGUUCUGGUGACAGAAUAUUCUACAGUGAAAACUACUACAACAACAACAACAACAAGCUUUACUGGUACAGUUAUACUGAUGACAGACAUCACACCCUAACAUUACCAUCAUAUCCCAGAAGUAUGAUUACACUACAAGAUGGCAGUCUGUAUGUGGGGUGUGAGGAUGGAUCUGUACAACAUGUGUCAUCUGAUGGGAAACAGUAUAAACCAGUGAAGACAUUUCAAUCCACUCCAGGUUGGCAUUAUAUGAUUCAUUAUAAUCUCAUACAAAGAAAACUGGUGGUCUUAGAUGAUAAACUUAAAAUCGUCAAUGAACUAUAA